AUGAAAGAGCCUUGUUUUCGAUGUAAACGGCCUACUUAUUUCAAUGACAAAAUAGGACCACUAAAAGAUGGCGUACUCUUUCACAAAGGUUGCUUCAAAUGCUGGAUAUGCGGAUCACGUUUAUCACUUAAAACAUACCACAACAACAGAAAUGAUACUCAAGAUCUUGAGGUGUACUGCGCAGGACAUGUACCUACACCUGGGCCCCAUGACCCAAUACCACAUCGGUCCAACCUUCUGUACAGUCCUAAAACGAAAGGUGAAUAUCCAUACAAUUUGAUGAGACCUACAGGACCAUAA